CGUAGAAGAAGAGGCAAGAGGGACCUACCGAUAUUGCCCUCCUUCAUGAUCGUCUCAGAGCUCAACGAAUCACAAGGGAAUUCACGGCGGUCGGCUCAUUACCAUCGUAGCAUUUGGGAACCCGAUUUCAUCGAGUCCUUAAGCACCCCCUACACUUAUGAGUUGUAUGGUACUCGAUUGGAGGAGUUGAAACGAAAUGCUAAAUGCUUGCUGAGUUCCAAUAAUAAAGACGCUGGUGUCCUUUUGAAGCUUGCUUCCACGAUGCAGCGGUUGGGAGUUGCUUACCACUUUGAAAAGGAGAUUGAAGAGGCUCUUGCUCUUUUGUAUCCACAUCUCACUACCAAUCUUGACACCACUGCUUUGCAGUUUCGACUUUUAAGACAACAUGGUUUUUCGAUUACCUCAGCUGUGUUUGACAAAUUCAGAAGCAGCGAUGGGAGAUUCAUGAACAGUUUAAGCAGUGACAUGGAGGGACUUUUGAGUUUGUAUGAAGCCUCACACCUAGGAAUGCAUGGAGAGGAUAUUUUGGAAGAAGCCAAGGAUUUCAGCAUUAAAAACCUGAAACCAUUGAUGGGAAAAUUGGACAGUAAUUCAGCUAAGCAAGUGAAACAGUCACUGGAAAUCACCCUGUAUUGGAGGAUACCAAGAGUUGAAGCUCGGAGCUUCAUUGAUUUCUAUCAAAUGGAUAUGGCAAAGAACUUGACUUUGCUUGAGCUGGCUAAGUUGGAUUACAAUUUAGUGCAGUACGUAUAUCAACAAGAACUUAAAGAGUUAGCAAGGUGGUGGAGAGACUUGGGUUUUAAAGAUAAGCUAGCUUUUUCAAGGGACAGGAUGAUCGAGAUCAAUUAUUUGUGGGCAAUAGGGAGCAUAUUUGAGCCCCAGUUUUCCAAGUGCAGGAUAGGCCUCACCAAAUUUAUAUGCAUAUUAUCAGCAAUUGAUGACAUGUAUGAUAUGUAUGGAUCGCUGGAGGAGCUUGAAUGCUUCACUGAUGCUGUGGAUCGAUGGGAAAUGGAGGCAAUGGAGGAUCUUCCAAUGUACAUGAAGAUUUGCUAUCUUGCCAUACUUAACUUUGCUAAUGAAGUGGUCUUUGAUGUUCUCAAAGAUCAUGGGUUGAAUACUUUCCCCUACCUUAAGGAAGCGUGGGCAAAUCUUUGUCGAUCAUAUUUGGUAGAAAGACGAUGGUUUUCCAGCGGAUACACUCCGACUGUGGACGAGUACUUAGAAAAUGCAUGGAUUUCUGUGGGUGGUCCUAAUUCAGCCAUAGUCCAUGCUUACGUUCUGCUUGGGUGCACCAUAUCUACAGAUACACUUGAUUGCUUAAAGCAUGGCUCUGACCUUAUAUAUUGGGCAUCCCUCAUAACUCGACUAAGUGAUGAUUUGGGGACUUGGGAGGCUGAAAGCAAGAGAGGUGAUGUAGUGAAAUCCAUCGAGUGCUACAUGGUACAAGAAGGUGUAUCCAAAGAAGAAGCUCAAGAUCACAUAAAGAGAUUAAUCAGCUAUUCGUGGAAAAAGCUGAAUGAAGAGAGUGCCAAAAGCUCCCUCCCAAAAUCUGUCGUGAAGAUAUCAUUAAACAUGGCACGCACUGCUCAAUGCAUCUACCAACUUGGAGAUGGAAUUGGUACAUCGACUGGGGUGAUUAAAGAUCAUUUGACCUCGUUAAUUGUCAAACCUAUCCCUAUUGAUCGAAUAAACUUAGUGUAGGGGAUAUGCGACAAGGAGUUUAUCUUCUAGUAGGGGUAGGAGU